CGUUAAGCGUCGGUAGCAAUGCAAGAUGUCUGCCGCUCUGUCAGUGUUCCAUCUUAAAUUUAAUACAAAUAGCUAUUACUAUUAGCUAUUUUCACCUUGUAACCAAAAAAAAUGCUAUGUUCGUUUUGAAAGAAUGAAUUGGUAAAUUAUAGUGGAAUUAAAAAUUAAUGUACAUUACUACUUAACUAGAUACGAAAUGGUUACAGAUUGGUGGGAAGUGCGAGUGUGAGUCGUGACAGAACUUGCCAAAAACAAAAUUUGUUAAUUUAUAAUAAAAUUAAAAUAUCCUCUUUACUUAUGUCAAUGUGUAAAAUCUUGUAAUUAUUAAACAAAAAUGGUUAAACUCCAAUAUAGCGUCGGUAAUUACAUACUUAGAUAGACGGCACACACUACCAUACCGGAAAUACUUAAGCAGACCACAGGAAGUUUCUAUGUUAAGGCUAAGGAAAUUUAAAUCCACAAUGGCAGGAAGACCAUGAGCGUCAAUGACUAUUUUACCACUGAACGAAAUACUGAGUAAAAACGACAUGUUAAAUGAAGUGUAGUGAUUAUUGACGCUUUCACCACACUUGCAACAACCUGAUUCGGCAUUACAGUGGUGUGCCUGCCGCAAUUUGAUUCUUAACUCAGUAUUAGUAUCGUGCGGAAUAUGCAAUCAGCCAUGCACAUUGAAUCGGGACCAGCAAGGAAUUGACGGUAGGAGAUGGGCAUGUGACCGUUGUGGGUACUGCCUAUCUGUGCGACACAAUUAUUGCUUUUCACGCAGUCAGUUAUCAUUACAACAAAUCGUCACCAUGGUGUAUUGUUGGUAAUAUGAUAUGCCACAAAUACAAAUGCAGAUACAGCAUGAGGCAGCUGUUGCCGAAAAACUUGUAAUUGAUUGGUAUAACUACAUGGGAGAGGAGUGUGGAACUUAGCUGGAACGUAAUGUGACCGAAAUUUGUGGAAUAGACGUAAAUGGAGAACCUGUAAUUGUGGAGAUAGAUAAAACAAAAUAUUUCCACAAGAAAUAUCAUCAUGGUCAGUGGCGAGAUGGCCACUGGGUCUUUGGUGGUAUCGAUUGCGGAAGUGCCAAGUGCUUCUUGUUGGAAGUGCCAGACAGGCGCGCAGACAUGCUACAAGCCUGUAUAGAAGCUCACAUCUUGCCAUGGACACACAUCGUUUCCAAUGGCUUGGCUGCAUACGCACACAUAGAUCAAAUCGGAAACAGAAUAUACAAGCAUUCUGUUGUUGUUCAUGAACAUAAUUUUGUGGAUCCUGAUGACAGCGAAGUGCAUACCCAGAACAUUGAAAACAUGUGGAUGAUAGCGAAGCGCAAGUUGAGAAGACAAUUUGUAACUAGUCGUGCAUUGUUUCCGUCAUAUCUGAAAGAUUUUGCCUAUCGUAAGAAGUUUUGGCGCACAGACAUAUUUCCGAACUUCCUGAUUACGCUUGUCCGAUAACUAUCAAUGAUUAGACGGUCUGUUGUGGUUCAGAGUAGAAUGGUGCUUUAAAUAAACUUGAAUCUGUGUUAACUAGAGCUUUGUUGGGUGUAUUUCAUGUUGUUAACGCUGUUUUGGGUCUAUUUUAAUGUUAUUAAUUACAGACGCUAUAUCAGAGUUUUACCACAAAAAUAUUAUGCAACAAUGUGUCGCAUUUCGCUCAAUGUGUAAUAAACGAGAAUGACUUGAAUUACUAUGUUUAUUCCAUUUGAAUUUUGUGUUUAGUGAAAUUCAUUCUCACAGUUACACACACAUUAUGUCAUAAUAUUAUUUCUCCAAAUUUCUUAAACUGAAUGUCUUAAUACUUGCCCUUUUUAAGUGGAUGAAAACCAUUAAUUUUCUUUUCAGGCAUGACCAUUUUGCUUUCACAUGGUUUUGAUUUGUAAUGGGGAAUUUUAAAUGCCUGUCAUUAAAGACCAGUAAAUAUGUCCAAUGUAAGUUGAUAAUAUAGGAUGUGCUUUAAAUUUAAAUAUCCAACUUAAUUUGAGCGUUAAAUGUUUUUAAUCACAUUUAACUUUUAUUUCAUUUCUUUUGUCUUAUGAGGCAAAUAAUUUACUAUUUUCAGAGCAAUAAUCAGACGGAUUUGAAAAGGGGAGAAGAAGAUCCUUUCCCAAUAGCCGCUAUUGUGUGUUUGGCUGUUGGCGGUUAUGUUGUUAUUGUCAUCGUUAUUGUCAUUGUUAGAUACAUGCUUGUGGUAAGUAUAUGAAUCAGUGAUCAUUGGGUUAGGUAUAGCAAGAAAUAAGUAAAGAAAUAGAUUAGUCCUUUUAAAGUCAGAACUGUGAGAUGAAAUUAUUCACAUUUUAAAAAAAAUUCUUUUUUUUUUUCUUGGGUCAAUUUUUCUACAUCUCUUCUGAAAAAAAUUAGGGUAAAUGUCUAAUUUUUUUAUAAAUUCAUCCGUUAACAGAGCAAUAGAGUUUUGUAUUUUUUAUCAACCCACUUGUUUUUCCUCAUAUAAUAAUUUUCAAAUCAUUUACUUAAAAUAAUUCUACUUGCAGAAACAAGGAGUAUGUAAACCUCAAUGUUGCACCUCUCAGAGUGGAUCCUGUUGUCUAGUUUGUACCAAACUCAAUGAAGCAUGUCCUUGUUGCUGCAGUUCCAAUGUUGAUGGCUGUUUAUCAAAAAUAUGUGGCAAAAGAAAGGUUUUUUAUAAAUUUUUGAAUUAUAUACAUUCUUAAAAUAACACUUAAAGCUCUUUCCAAACCUUACCUUGUCUUUGGUGCAAUGUCAUUAGCACUCUGCACAUGAAGAGAGAAAACUAUGUAGUAAAGCACAACUUCUGGGAAAAGCAGAAAUCAAUGAUGCAGCUCAAUUUGAUUUUGUUAUAUUCACUAAAUCAUUUACUUAACUUGUUCUUGAGAUAAAGCAUAAGUGCCCAGGAUAUAUUUUGAUGGUUAGUGGUAUCUUGGAAGUGGCAGAUAGCAUCCAAAAAGAAGUUAGAACAGUGGUUCUCAACCUUUCUAGUGCCGCGACCCCUUAAUAUUGUUUUUCGUGUAGUAGCGACCCCCAAGCCACACAAUUAUUUUCGUUGCUACUUCAUGGCUGUAAGGAUAUAUGUUUUCAGAUGGUCUUAGGCGACCCCUGGAAAAGCGUCCCGCGACCCACAGGUUGAGAACCGCUGAGUUAGAAUGUUGACAUCACAGUGGAUUGAAGAUUGCCAUCAUACAAUAACAUUUAUUUACAAAUAUGGCAGACAGUAAGAUGCAUGAAAGCUAUAAGCCAUGAUGCAAAGAUUGAGUAAAGCAACUCCCUAAUGGAAAUUUAGUGGUCAGGACCUGAGCAAGUUGACUCAAAUGAGAGCAAAACAUUGUUCAUUGUGAAGACACCUUAACGCCAUCACAGUCCUCUCCACAGGCUGUUUAAUAUGCGAAUGUUUGUUGAAUAUGUGGUGAAAUUGCUUAAGAAGCAUGGGGCUCAGCCUACAAUAAUGUAACACAGCAUUUAUGGACUUGGAAUCCAUUUUUUUUUAAAGGCAAAAGUGGCUAUGCUGGUGUUAAAGAUAUUAGAAAGCAAUAAUCAAAGUCUUAGACUUUUUAAAAUAAAUAUUUGAAUAGAAGAUUUUGAAUAACUCUCUAAACCUAAUUAUGGAAUUUAAAUGUAAUGUAUUUAAUGGUUUUUACUAUUCCAGACAACCAACUGUGUGGAUAUUUUACUGUGUAAUUGCUGUGGUUGUACUGAGGGCUGUUGUGAUGUAAGUUCUAGUUUAGAAGUAACACGGUUGUUCUUGUUUGUUUAUAUAAAAAAUGUUAAUGCCAUCCAAAACAGUAAGAAUUAUAGAUUUAAAAUUGAAUUAUAAUUUUCCUGAAUAUCCUGUUUAAAAUGACACAUAUAAAGAAAAAAUAACACACCCUUAAAAUUUUUGGUGUAUCUGUUAUUUAAACUGAUUGUAAUCUUUUAGUUCAAGAUCAGAUUUUAGAAAUCUUGAACUGAUUUUAACACAAUAAAAGGGCAAAAAUUAAUAUUCUUUAUUCAUCAUUACAUAUUUAAAAUCAAUCCUCUCAGUUCUGUUACUUUGGCUUAUCCAGUUUUGCAUUUAUAUUUACAUAAUUAUUUGUAUGUAUUUUUUCAUGUUCAAUGUUCAGUAUUUUUGUUCUUAUUUUUUUAAAUCUAAAAUUGUCAUCAAAUGUUGAAAUACUAUUUCAAUUUUACAUAUGUCUCAUCAUUUCUAAGUCAUCAUUAAAUCAGCAAGCAAUGGGGUGGCUAUUUUGUUUACUCUACAAAUUUUAUCUGCUUCUGGAUAACAUUUGUUUUUAUGUAAAUUGAAAUUUUCCUCACCUUAACUCUAGCUUAAUGAACAAAUGUGUUUAAGGGAUUUUUGAAUAUUUUGGUAAUGGCAAUAUUCAAUUUUUUUUAUCUUUGAUUUUUAAAUGAUAGAGGCUAGUUAUAAUUUGUAUUAUUAAUUUUUUAAAAAAAAAAGAUUUUGAGAGAGGGGUGUAUUAAUACUCAGUUUUUUUUUAGUGUUCUUGGGGGUGGGGGGUAUUAUAUUAGUCAGAUUAUUUAUAUCAGCAUUCAAAUUUUUAUAGGGGGAAUUAUAUCCAUUUUAAACCUUUUUAAAAAAAAUAAUCUUUCUUAUAGUAAAUGGUUGUAUCAAGUGAAUGAAGGAACAAUUUUCUAGGUUUGGAUAACUAGAUAAGCAAAUCAUCUAUCCUUUUUUUUUAAAAAAAAGGGAAUAAAAUAAAUUAACUUCAUUUUAAUUGUGAAGUCUGUUUGAUUUGUAGCUAUGAAAUUCUAACUCUGAUUAUCCUUUGAUAUAUGUGUAAAUAUUGUCUAAUAUUUUUGCUCUUACCUCACUGAUGACUGACUAAUUUAUAAACAUUUCAAAUUUUAACUUCAAAAUAAACACACACAAAAAAAACCUUUCCAAAAAUGUUGGUCCAUCUGCAGAACUGCUUUGAAAAAUAUGGCCGUCAGUCUAGUAGUAUCCCCACAUCUAGCAUUAUACCAUAG